UUUUUUUAGUCACGUCCGCAAUUUUUGUCCGCAAGUCAAUAUAUCCUGCCCUUUCCCUAACUUAUUUUUUUCUUAUAAUUAUUUAACCGAAAUUUUAAUAUUGAAUUUCAUUUCCCACUUUCUUUUUUGGGUUACCUUAAAAAUACUCGCUCAUAGGGGCCAUUUAACCUUUUGCGGACAAAAUUUGCGGACACUUAUUUUUCACAUUUUUUUAAUUCUAUCCUUUUACAGGCCUAGAUAUUUCCUCAAAUAAAAUGACAAAAGAAGAAAUGGAAGGAAUUCCCCAUCAUCUUUUGGGGUUUUUAGAGCCAACAAAUUCAGGUUACAACGUCCAAAAUUUUCGUGAGGAUGCUUUGGAAAUUUUAAAUAAAUUGUGGGCUGAACAGAAAUUGCCUGUAAUUGUUGGAGGGACUGCUUAUUAUAUUGAAUCUGUUAUUUUUGAUAAUAAUUUGAUUGUUACUGGUGAUAGAGGGAAAGGAGGUUUGUUUUGA